AUGGCCGGAGUGGCCGGCAGCUCUCCGGCAGAGGCAGGUGGCGGCGGCUCCUCCUCCUCCGCCGCCGCUGCCGCCCCACCGGCUGAGGCAGAAGCUGUGGCCGCGGACUGGAUGCUGGAGUUCGCCUGCUACUGCCUGUGCCGGCACUUCGGGGAGGGGCGCGCGGCGCCGUUCCGGCGGUGGAGGGCCGUGGCGCAGGCUCUUAUUGAUGGCCUCUCCAGAAUACCUACACAUCAGAAAAAAACGGUGUAUCUCUGUCAGCUUUUGAUAAGAAUUGCAGAAGGAAAAAACCUUGAAUGCCAUUUUGAAAAUCAUGAAAGAAUGUCACCUUUGGAAUCUGCUCUGUCUUUCUGGACUUUACUUGAAAGGGAAGAAAUUAAACUGGAAAAGCUUCAUGGAGAUAUUCGCCGCUUGAUUCAAAUUCAGAUUGUAGCAGUCCAUAUGGAAAACGGAUAUUUCAAGGAGGCUGCUGAAGUUCUCGAAAGGCUAUUUACAGACUCAGAAUCAGAUAAGCCUUUAAGGGUGAAGCUGGCAAGCAUAAUUAAAAGCAAGGAUCCAUAUGUUCCCCUUCUCCAAACCUUCAGUUACGAUCUUUUGACAAGUAAAAUCAAGUCUUACAUUGAACCUUUCAUGAAAAGAACUGAAACUAACUUCUUAAUACAGGCAGCCACAAAACACGUGGAGUCUAAAGGAUUGGGAGCAACAGCAUUGCAAAACAAAACUGUGAAUGAAAACGACAAAAGGAAUUUGGAAACAAAUCAAAGAAGGGCAGCUCCUGACACAAUUACAUCUGAGAGAUCAAUGGAAGAGCAACAGAGUAUUACAGAUCAGUCACGUGGAGGCAUAAAAAAACCCACAGUAAGGCCUCAUCCAGGACGGAAGCCCAGAGUAAGCAGUGUUCUUCAGAGUCUGAACAGCUUGCAAAAUGUAGAAAAACAUGGAGAUGCUUUAGCUUGUGGCCGAAGAAGACAGCGAUGGACUUACAAAGAAGACAUGGAACUGAAAUCAGGAAUAAGGGAGUUUGGAGUGGGUAACUGGGCUAAAAUUUUGGUCCACGGUGACUUCAACAACCGAACUAGUGUCAUGUUAAAAGACCGGUGGAGAACACUCUGCAGGAUCGAACAAGGCUAAUUUGGACUGCAGGAAUCAGCUCGACCUUUCCCUAAAUAAGGACCUAGUCUAGCUUUUCAGAAUAAUAACUUAUUUUAGUCUCAGAGUGUCCAGCAGUGUUGCUGUCCUAAAACAUGAAACAGAAUAGUGAUAGGUGUAAAACGUUCAUGUAAGCUCACUUGCUUGGGUAAUGAUGACUUAAAUGCAAAGCUUGGCCUUUUAUCUACACACAAGACCUAAUUUCUGAAAUGUGAAAAUGCUUGCAGUGAUUUAAGAAAGGUCAGUUAUGUACAUAAGGGCACUAAAUGACUGGCAACAUGUUUAGCUUGAUAGAGGCUAAUAGAGAGUCAAGUGUUCUGUAUUUUAAAAGGGUUUUAUCUCUAGUCAGAUUGAGCUUUUUAUCAUUUUAUCUCCUGCCAUAUAACCCAUUCUAAUCUGAUUUGCUUCACUUUGAAAUUUUGGUCAGAUUUGUCAUCUCUGUCAGUAAGUUACACCAAAAAAUAUGUAUGUAUUGGUAUUACUAAUUUUACAAACUGAUUCCUUUUUUUGCAGUUAAAAAUGUGAUAAUUUAUGUAAUUUUAUAUUUAUAAGUAGUAAAGGUGUUGCUUUUUUUUUUUGUUAAAGAAUUAAGCUUAAGUUCUAAGUGGAAGAUUAUUUUGAACUUAGGUAUAUUAGCAUAAUAACACUUUUUAUCUCACAGAAGAGAUGGAAAACAUAUGAAAAGUAACAGUAUGAUACUAGCUCUUAACAUCUCUUGAUUAUCUUGUGCCACAUAACUUGUCUUGAGAAGUGGCUUCUUCUAGACCAGCAGGAAAGGGAAAGCUCAGGGCUCAAUAAUGAGUCUAUACUGACACUGGUAGCACAGCUCAGGAGACAUGGUUCAUCUAUGCCCUCCACUGUCUGCAGUGACAGCAAGCAAAGAUACACUCUGAUACGGGUAACUAACUAUCAAGGUGUCAGUUGGUCACUGUAAAUGUCCUGCUUAUGAGAGACUGUAAUGCAUGAUGGUACUACGCUGUCCCUCUUGAUUCAGGUUGUGUGGAAAAGAGUUCCACAACCUCAGAAAACCCACACUUUCCACUGUCAUACUGGUGUGAAUCUAGUGACUUGAACUAACUUAUCACAGCAUUCUUUUAAAAGAGAAAUCUCUUCAAUUCAGAUAUUUUCUGUACCUUUAUCCUUGAAUAAGGUUUUUAUUUUACAAGAACCUUACAAGGAAAAGCAUCUGUCCAAAGUGGUCAUAAUAAAAUAAACCUCUCGGAUAUUUUUCCUGGCUACAAAGGAAGAGAUAUAUUCUUGAAGGCUGAAAUGUUCAGGAAGCAUUAAGAUAAUCUCUUUGCUUUCUGUUUUGGAGGCCUGCUUCCAUUACGAUAAAAUGGUAAAGUACAGUUACAAAGGUUUGUUUCACACUCUUAUUGUGGACAGGACCUCAGCCAGAUCUCCUUCCUCAUUCUUGCCACCAGAUGCUACGGUUCCUUCUUGCAGCUCCUAGAAACAGCGGCAAGCAGUAGUCUUUAGGUUCCACAGAGAUGCUGCAUGUCUUAACAGUAAAUUUUCUCAACCUUAAGGCAUAAUUUCUUUUUAGCAAACAUUGUGAAUUUCAGGAUCUUGAUAAAAUUACAGGCUUUGUCCUUCAGCAAGGAAUGCUAGAGCAGCUGUAAGCCAACAAUUCAAAAAGUCAUAGCAGGUAUCUGACAAGUGAGAAAGUGCAGUAUGCAGCCUCUUUAAUGCUGUUAACAAUAAUUGAAGGUAAGUUAUAGGUAACAAAACAAGGAUUUGAGCUACCUGCAUAGCAGUCUUGCCAGUGCUCUAAUAUUGCAGGUUUCUAUGUUGAUCAUUGUACAUGAGCAGUUUUAACUAGUAUUUUUUUUUUUUUUAAUGUUAACCAAGGUUUAGUCACAAAGUCUUGUUUAGGUUCAUCUGCCAUAAAGUUCACACUGUGUAUUAGUGACAUGAAGUUCUGAGCAAGACUACUUCCUUAACAAUGCUGACUAGUCAUAUCUUUUUAUGAAGGUGGCUGAACAUGAAAAAUGCAAUGUAGAGCAGGAAUACUUACCCACUUGUAGUAUAAACAACUGUCUAGAUGAUAUUGGGAAGGAACAAAGGAUCUAAACUGAAAUCUGGUUUUAGCUCUCAAAUUUUCAUUUUUAUUCACCCUUGCUAUUUAACGGUGACAGUAAAUAUUCUCAGACUUGAGAAUGUUUAGCUGGCUCAUUACUGAGUAGGAGCAGUGCCUGUAGACAGGACUGUGGCCAGUAAAGAAUGAGAACUUUAGGAAAAGCAGCUACUACAAUUAGAAACAUCAGCUCUUUAAUUACAAAAGACAAACAUGGAAAAAUGCUUCUAGUGUUCUAAUACAAAGAUCAGUCUUAGCGUUUUGUAUUAAGGCAGAGAGAGUUUCCCGAAAUGUUUCUUCCUAAGUUCUGACUCCUUUAAAGUUUUUUUUAGGUUCCAGAAAAUGCAGCAGAAACAUGCAGGUUUCUUGGCAUCGGUGUUAAUUUUCUUAAUCUUUUUGUUGUUGCUGUUUUAAAGGUCUUUUAAACUUUUAUGUAAAAAUAAAGCUAUGGACAAGGGGACAUGAACAGUGCUCCAGUUGCCGAAUCUUCUUCCAGGUUCCUUGGCACUGAGAGUUGCCAACUGCUUCCCAGUGUAAGAUUUUACUUCUGAAAUAUGACAGUAAAUGAGGAAUUAAUACACUGAAAACUGUAUUUUUCAUGUUGCUAGGUUGUGUUGUAGAACAUAGAUUUGCUUAAUAAUGUAAGACUUUAAUUCGCUCAUCUAGCACUUAAAAUGCUUUCUGCAGCAGGCACUGUAUUCCUAAGUAUAGUAUACAGGAUGGUGGAUUGAGUAGCUGGUUGUACAGGUAUUAAGUAGUAUGCAUAUUAAUAAAUGUAUGGAUCAAAUAAAAAUCUAUUCCAAAUAUUAAACAUCUACUUUCAAAACUACUGUUCUAGAAACCAGGUGUAUUUGUUUGAGAGUAGUAUUGAUCCACCACUGUUAAACCUGAAAUCAGAUUUGGAUUGUGGCAGGAAAUACCAUUUUUAAGUAAAAGUCCCCAUAACUGUAAAAAGAUCUCUUGCACUACAGAAGUUGCAUCAUUCCUUCACAACAGCAAAUAAAGCAUUCAAAGCACUGAA